AUGACUUCCACGCCAACGACUGCUAACGCGAACAACGUCUCAAACGGACCCUCAUACGCCUCGGCCGCUUCUGCACCAAAGAAGCAAUCUGCCCCCGUGGUCACAGGAGGUCCUUCCGCCUCUUCCCUUGCAUCCGGUACCUCGCAACAUGCGAAGUCGAACUCGGUCUCUCCAGUAAACGAUAAACCUAUUAUGCCCGCUGUCCCCACUGUUGCUCCAGCUGUUGUAGUUGGAACAAACGGAGACAGCCACUCCAGAAAGCCCUCCGUCACCAUGAGUACACCCAACAACUACGCGGCCAACGGCGCCGCUGGCGGUCCCAAGAUCCAAUUUGGUUUCCAGGCUUCGCCAGCAGUAUCCCACAGCACCCCUCAAGCCGGCAGUGCCCCCAUCGCUAUUCCUGGCGCAAACAGCCAGCAGCAGCGAGUUCCCUCCCCUCAGAACUCGCCAUCUCCUAUCCCCCAGCCUUCGGCCAGUGGUGGUCGCCCCCCUUCUGGUGCUCAGUCUGGUCAGCAACUGACAUUCGGAAGCUUCGGUGGUAACGGCGACAGUCACAUGCGCCGCACCUCAGCAGCCUCGCAGAACCCCUCUCACAUACGCAACGAGUCCUCGCAGUCUGCCAACGAUCCCAACAACCAGGGCGGACACCAGGGAGGACCUCCCAACCGUGGUGGAUACCCGCAAGCAGGACGUGGUCGCGGCGGUUACAACCCCAACUACAACAACCACAACCAGAUGGGUUACCCGCCGAACGGAACACCCCCCUUCCGUCCCGGUCAUCCUGCACAGGGCCGCGGCGGCAUGGCUCCCAACUUCCAGCCCCGCAACUCCUACGGACCCGGUACACCCCCUAUGGGAAGAGCCAGCCCAGCACUGGCUAAUGCGAUGCCCGUUCCCGGCGCAGCUCCCUACUACUACCAGCCGCCGACAAUGGGCGGCCCAAUGCCAAACGUAACGUCACCCCCUUCCGGCUACUUUGACUAUACCAAGCACAAGCAAAACAAGCGUAAAAGUCAGCGCAGCAGUGGCAGCAGUCGUGAUGUGGAGAAGUCUUCAAACAACCGACACCGCUCUCAAUCUAACAGUUUUGCGAGAGAUGGCGGCAUUUUUUGGCGCCAAAACAAGCGCUCGGACUACCGCCAUUUCCAGGAUUUGUUACCGCCAGACCCUCGUCAGAAUGGCCAGUUGCCAGCAGGACGAGGAGAGCUUCCCGAGAAGAAUCUGCCUUCUGUUCCCCCUCUGCUUUCAUUACCACACCCCUCGUCCCAACCUAUUCAAAACCUCGCAGAUCUUGAUAUGUCCCCCGCCAGCGGCAACUUUGAACGAGUGCUAACAGAACUCCGACCACAGCAGCCCUACUACCCCCCUGGUGCUCAGUAUGACCCUAGAUUCGGUCCGAACCCAUACAUGUACCCUCCCGGCGGACAACCUCACUCUCCUGCUCCCCAUUUCCAGACGCCCUAUAGUGGCCCUCCCCAGCCCUUCGUUCCUCAGCCAAUGUCACGAAACCCGUCACAAGCUUCCGAGCCCAGACCUACUUCAAGCACUAGCCAGGCUCAGGGUUCGCAAGGUCCCUCGCAGCAGGUGCCUUCACAGAUCAGCAAGCAGCCUGUCGUCGCCGCGUCGCCGCAGUUCGCACGACCCGUAAAGAAGAGUGCAGCCAUCACAAUCCGCAAUGCUAAUGGUGAAGUCGUUGACAUCCCCAGUCUCAAGGCACCCGCUUCUCCGGCUCCUAGCACGCAGUCGAAGACCCCGCCUGUUGUUGCCUCAACUCCGCCUCCGCCUCCCAAGUCCGCCACACCCAAGGCUGCCGCUCCUGCUCACACUCGAACUGACAGCACGGCUACCAAGACCCAGGCCGAGGUGCAGAACGAAUUCAAGGCGAAGAUCGCAAAGCAAAUGGCAGAGGAGAAGGCCAAGGGAGACCAGAGCAAGGCCGUAGAGGGCAAGGCAGCAGCUGACAAGGCUGCCGCAGAUAAGGCUGCGGCGGACAAGGCUACAGCGGACAAGGCUGCCGAGGACAAGGCCGCUGCUGAAAAGGCUGCCGACGAAAAGGCCGCUGCUGAGAAGAAGGCUGCCGACGAGAAGGCCGCUGCUGAGAAGAAGGUUGCCGACGAAAAGGCUGCUGCUGAGAAGAAGGCUGCCGACGAAAAGGCUGCCGAGGAAGCACGCGCCGCUGAGGCUAAGGCGAAGGAAGAGGAGAGACUCAAGGCAGAGCAGAAAGCAGACGAGGAGAAGAAGGCCGCUGAGGAAGCCAAAGCCAAGGAGGCAGCCGAAGCCAAGCCCGACGCGCCUGCUCCUGCUGACGAGGAAGAUGAAAUCGAGAAGAUGAUCCGAGAAAUGGAAGAGGCCGAUGCCAAGCGUGAAGCUGAGCAGGCGGAGAUUAGUCGUCAAAAGAAGAUUGCCGCAGAUGCCAAGAAGGCCGCUGAAGAGGAAGCAAAGAAGGCCGCCGGCUCUGACGACAAGUUGAAGGAAGCUGAAAGAGAGGCUGAACGUCUUGAAGAGGAGAAGGAGCGCAAGCGUCGUGAAGCCGAGGGCAAGCCUUCUCAGUCCGCCAGUGACGCCUUGUCUAGCAAGCUCAGUAACAUGACCAUCUCGGAGAAAGACGGCGCUGAGUCAACUUCUAAGCCUGCAAAUCUUACCAUCAACGACAAGCCUGUCGCUGGUGCAAAGGUAAGCCCUGGUGAGAAGCGAGGUACCAAGCCGGCUCCACUUAACCUGAACACGAAUGUUGGUGUAGAGCCACCUCAACCCUCUGCGGCACUUCAAUCCCUGAAGACCGCCAGACUUCUCAAAACACAACAACUCCUGGCCAUGGAGUACCCUGAGGGCGUUAGCUCGCCUAACCCCGCUCUGAAUCCUACAGCCUCCAAGAAGGGUACCUCGUUCAAGUACGACCCAAGCUUCUUGCUCCAGUUCCAGGGCGUCUUUACCGAGAAGCCGUCACUUGAAUUCAGCCAGCAGGUUAAGACCUUGAUAGGUGAAGGGGACGGAGGCCGUUCUGCAUCGGCAAGAACUCCUGCAGGAUCCGGCCGGCAGAACUCUAGAACGGGUACCGGCGCUUUCUCCAUGGGCAACUUUGGUGCGCCUACCAAGACAUUACCUCCUGGCACAACAUCAGCUGAGCGAUUUGCCAUGGCCCAGGGACAGAUGGCACGCCCACCCAUUGGCUCUAUGAACAGUUUCCGAGGACCUGGCGGUGCAUUCCCCAGUGGCAACAUGAUGUCGCGAACUCCAUCCAGCUCCAUGGCCCCUAACUCACCUAGGACUGCUAGCUCGCGACGCGGUGCUAGCAAACGUAACAAUUUCCAGGAUUCCAAGAACGAAGAGAAGGCCGCUAAGACCAUGCCUUUGACUGCUGGUAUGAAGUUUGACGCUCUACAGACAUCUCAGACUGGUUGGAAGCCUAUGAGUUUGACUCAGAAGCCCAGUGCACCGGCACCUAACGCUCUCAUGGAUCCCCCUACCGUGCAGCGUAAGGUCAAGGCUGCUCUGAACAAGAUGACUCCAGACAACUUCGACAAGAUCUCUCAGCAGAUUCUCGACAUUGCCGCUCAAUCCAAGGAAGAAACUGAUGGCCGAACCUUGCGCCAAGUCAUUCAGCUUACUUUCGAGAAGGCUACAGACGAAGCUCAUUGGGCGUCUAUGUAUGCUAAGUUUGCCAAGCGCAUGCUGGAGACAAUGAGCCCCGAGGUUCGCGAUGAGAACAUCAAGGACAAGAACGGUCAAGUUGUUAGCGGUGGUGCACUGUUCCGAAAGUACCUGCUCAACCGCUGCCAAGAAGAGUUCGAGCGCGGCUGGAAGACCCAGCUGCCUGAGACCCAGGAGGGUGAUUCAAAGGAAGCUGCUUUGAUGUCGGAAGAGUAUUACAAGGAAGCUGCCGCCAAGAGACGUGGUCUCGGUCUCGUUCAGUUCAUUGGUGAGCUUUACAAGCUCUCUAUGCUUACUGAACGCAUCAUGCAUGAGUGUGUCCGAAAGCUCGUCGAUUACCAAGGAGUUCCCGAUGAGGCUGAAGUGGAGUCUUUGUCCAAGCUCUUGCGAACCAUUGGUGGCAACUUGGACGCAACUGACAAGGGCCAUGUUAUGAUGGAUGCCUACUUCCAGAGAAUCCAGAGCAUGGUUGACUUCCCCGACAUUCCUAGCCGUUUGAAGUUUAUGCUUAUGGAUAUUAUCGAUCUGAGGAGGGCCCGCUGGGAGUCCAAGGAGCAGAACAAGGGACCUAAGACCCUUGACGAAGUUCGUAUCGAGGCUGAGGCCGCAGCUGCCCAGAAGGCUGCCGAAAACGCAAAAGGAAACCAGCGUGGUGGUGGUCGCCUUACAAUGGGUAGAGGAGAUGCUCGUCAAUUCUCCUCUGGCUAUGCUCAACAAGCACCAAACACUGUCGGUAUGGAUGACCUCCGACGUCUGAAGGGUUCCGCCACGCGUUCUGCUAGCCAGAACAUCUCUCUGGGCCCAACAUCCAUGUUCUCUUCUCGUAGCAACAGUGGUCGACGACUUGGCCCUGGCAGCUCCCUCACACGUGGAAAUGAAGACUCAGCCGCCUCUUCUCGCACCGGCACUCCUCCAACUCAAAGCAGCACCAAUGCUUUCAGUCUCCUAGCCAACAUGGAGGAUAACCACCCCACUUCUCCGCCAUCUACCGCUGCUUCUCCUGCGCUUGCCAAGGUUACACCAGAAGCAGCUGCUGCGGAUAAGGAGUGA